AGUGACGCAAAAUGUGCGCUCCAGAGAGCGCCGGCAGGGAGCCAGAGGAGACCAUGGUUCCCCGGCGCCUCCUGUUGGUAGGGGAAGGGAAUUUCUCCUUCACCGCGUCUCUGAUCGACACUCUGGAUCCCGGCGUCAGUGUUACCGCUACCUGCCUCCAACACCCGGACGAUCUGGACGGGGAUCCGGUGACCCAGGAGAACCUACAGCGCCUGCGCGAGCGAGGUAUCGAAGUUCGUUUUGGUGUGGAUUGCACCCAGCUGGCACAUGCCUUGCAGGCACAGGACAGAGACUUUGAUCGAAUUUAUUUCAACUUUCCGCACUGUGGACGAAAAGCAGGAGUAGCUAAGAACAGGGAAUUGCUUGCCAAGUUUUUCCAGAGCUGUGCUGAUGUUCUUGCAAAGGAAGGGGAAGUCCACGUGGCCCUGUGUAGAGGACAAGGUGGAACUCCUGCCGAUGAGCCGCAGAGAGAGUGGCACAACAGUUGGCAAGUGGUUGCCAUGGCAGCCCUGGGAGGGUUCAUUUUAAGUGAUGUGUAUCCCUUCAGCUGUGAGGCCGUGCCAAGAUACAAGUGCACUGGGUAUAGGAGUCAGGCUAAGUCGUUUCACGUAGAAGGCGCUUUGAACCAUAUCUUCACCCAGAGUUCACCCUUCGAAGGCUCUCAGCCCAGAACAUUCAGGGUCAGUCUGGAAGACCAGUGGUUUUCCUUUACAGAGCCAGAGGCACUUGCAGGAAAGUUGAACAGGCGGUUCCUUGAAGCAUCUUCCUGUCAUCCUGUCAGAACCAUCAACGAGACGCUCAUUGCUGAACUGGGCAAACACUUUCCUUUAAGAAGACUGCAGUGCUCCUUCCCUUUGUUGUCACAGGGAGGCACCAAUAUCCUCCCUCCUGGGACCUGCGACCCGUCUGCCUUUUGGAUUAGUCUCCAUGAAGAUAACUCUUAUUCUGAGUCCCUGACUGCUGAAAUAACACAGGAAAAGGGAGACGUUCUCCUAUUGUUUUCAGAUUGUGCCCUUCCCAAGAGUCCCGGGCAGGAUGAACAGGCCAAGCUCUGUCUUAGACCUUCUCUUCUAGUUCACGCUGAAGCUGUCAUCCGUUCACCAGACUUCCUCCCAGGGUCCCUGCACAUCCUCAGUGGGCCUGUCUAUCGGAAGUGCCAUAUUUCACCGCUCACAAUGCCAGCAUUUCAUGAGACUUUGCUUAUCCUUGGGUUAAAUAAAAAUGUGAAGGAUAGCUGCCUGGCAUCACUGCUGGAUCACCUGAAGGAUAUUCUAGAUAAUCUUCUGACUCAGACGUUGCUGGAGGGCUCCAGUUUGAGCCCUUCAGUGGAAUUUGUCCUUCAACCAAAUGGAAAGGAUUAUGUAAUUCAUGUGAAAUCUCUUCAUUUUGGCCCAGAUUGUACUGAGAAUAUGAUUAUUGGGACUGUGGUCACAUCUAUAAUUGUUUCACAUAAACAACAGUGUUUUGUGUUUGUUUCUCUAAACUUGGACUUGUUAGCCAUGCUUGUCUAUGAUAUUUCCGAUUGGAGACUAUUGUGGACUUUUGAUAACCGUUUCCUGAAAAGAUUUGCCCCUGGGAAAACAGAGCGCUUUAAAAGCUAUUCCCUGUAUCCUCCACGCUACGUGCAUGAUAUUAGCUUUUGGUUAGACAAAAAGAAAGGAUUUGAUGACCUAGAGUUCCACACCGUGGCCCGAGCAGUGUCCCAGGACACUGUUAUUUCCAUACAGUUCCUUGGUCGUUUUCAGCAUCCGGAGACUGAACAGGUCAGCCUCUGCUAUAGAUUGACCUAUCAGGCUUGUGACAGGGCGCUCAGCCCACAGCUGGCAGCAGCAAUGCAGUCCCGGUUCAGAAAAGAGAUUCAAAGACAGCUCCAUGUUUCGCUUCGAUAGCUUAGUAAGGUCCUUUCUACAGCGGGAACCCUCAUUGUAUGUUGUAUGUGAGUGGAAAACAACAACUUGA